UUUUCUGUAAACUCAUAUCUGAACAUCACAAAUCUAUCUCCUCUUUCAUCAGGGAAUUGGCUGAAUUUCGUCUAAAUCAAACCCUAGAAGAAAAGAUGUCUACCUGUUCUAGUAGUGGCAGCAGUUACGUUUUGGACGAUGAGGAGUUAUUACAGUUUGAGGCAAGAUGUAAAGAGUUGAGAAUAGAAAAGGAUAUGCUUAAAGAAUCAAGCUUUGAACUCAUCCGGAGCUUGGAAUCUCAUGCUAGAAUAUUAGCUGAAACUCGAUCUAAUGAUAAGAAGCGUAUUCAAGAUUUAGAAAGAGAGCUGAGUAACUGCUCCCAAGAAAUAGAUUACUUGCAGGAUCAGCUGAAUGGAAGGGACACAGAGAUAAACCACAUGACUGAUUACAUCCACAAUCUAGAAUCGAAGCUCAGAGAGAAAGAAGAUUUUAAUGAAAUUGUGAGAAGUUUAGGGCAAGAGUUAAAGGUGUGCAAUUUGGAGAGGUUGGCUUUGUUGGAGAAAUUAGAGAACAAAGAGCAGGAGUUGCGUAAUUCAACAUUAAGUAUAGAGAAUCUGGAGGAGUCAAUUUCGAAUGUUGCUUUAGAGUACCAAUGUGACAUAGAAAGCAUGAAGCUCGAUUUGAUGGCCAUGGAGCGUAGCUUUUUUGAAGCUAAAGAACUCCAGGAAGAAGCUGCUCAAGGACAGCGUAGGAUGCAGGAACUGACUAAAACCUACAAGCUUCAAAUACAAGAUGCUCAAAAUGUUACAUGCUUAGUUGAGGAAAAUAAAGAAUUGAGGGAGAAGCUUAAAACAUUUGAAACCAAUGUCAUGUUGUUUCUGCAAGAGAUGAAUUCCCAAUUUCCAGAGUUGCUCAAGAACCAGGCUACUCUGUCCUCACUAAGCAAAUCAGAGAAUGAUCCAAGGAUGUAUAGUGACAUUCUGAGUGUGCUCUUGGCCAAACUGGUGGCACAAAGAAAAUCAGAGGCAGAUUCAGAAAACGAAAUGAAGAAAUUGUCAUGUCAAAUACAUGAAUAUGAACUUCUUGUGAACCAGCUGAAGGAACAACUGAGAGACGAAAAAUUUAAGGCAAAGGAAGAAGCUGAAGAUUUCGCUCAGGAAAUGGCGGAGUUAAGAUAUCAGUUAACUGGAUUGCUUGAAGAAGAGUACAAAAGACGUGCAUGUAUAGAACAAAGAGCUUUACAAAGAAUAACCGAGUUGGAGGCUCAGAUUGGAAAAGAACAAAGGAAAACAUUUGCUGCUGUUCGAGGCCUUCCCAAUGCUUAGAAGUUGGUUUCCAAGAAUGCAGUGAUCAUAUUCAGAAUGCGUCAGAGCAGGUGCUUAAGCACAUAAGCCUCUAUUUUGAUUUGGCUCAUUGGAUCUUUGAUGCCACCAGAAAGCACCAAAAGACUGCAGUGAUGAGUAUAUAUCAAGUCUCAUGGCAUCAUUCUUGCCAAAUGGUAAAAUUCACCACAUUUGCAUAUGGCAUCUGUAUUUAGAACCAGUUGCAAAAGGUUGCCAUUUGGAUGUGGAGACAAAAUCUAUGUUAUUGAAAAACUCAGAAGUGUGUGUUCUUGGGUGAUUAGCAUUGUUCUUUGAGGUGAAGAAUAAUAAGUAGUCUGUUGUCUGUAUUGGGAAUGGUCAAAUGUACAGCUUUCAUUGCAUAAAGUACAUGUCAUUGUGGCAUUAGAACCGGCCAAUUGUUCACAAUGUGCAAGAAAGAUUUGGUGAUA